GCUGGAUCCCUGGAAAUCUACUGUCAGCUGCUGCAGUUGCUACCAUUCUUAGGAUCCUCACGAUGAAAGGCCUUCUGCUGCUCACCUUAUCAUCUUUGCUCUGCUGGGUCUCAGCUCACGUUCACUGUCACUCCUGCUUGGGCUGUGUGGACCAGUAGUACUGCCACCUGAAACAAGGAUACAAAUGCCUAACAACAAAUGGGUACCUGGGCAAGAUGUGGGUAUUCAACCUUCGCUGUGGCACUACUGAAAAGGCCUGUCGAGACACCUUCAACCAAACCAGUCGCAAGCUGUGCCUGACCUGUAACACAACCUGCUGUGACAAGGACAAGUGCAAUAGUGCAGCCCUUCGGCCCACCCCAUCCCUGGCCCUGGUCCUCCUUACCUCCUUGUCUGGCCUUGGCCUCUGUCUGCUGCACUGACACUCACUCCAUGGCUACCUCUCCUCCCCACUGCCUAAGCCUGAGCCUCUCUCCCUGUGUCUCCAUAUCCCCUGGCUUUCAGCAAUGGUCUCUCCCUAGCUCCCUGUGCUCAGAAAAACAUUUCUCCAGACUCUUCACAUUUCUUUAGACAGUGGACUCCCUAUCCAUCAUUCCAUCCCACACCCUUCUCUCUGCUUUUCUCAAGUUCCUUCCCAUUGCCCUCCAGACUACUCCAGAUCCUCCACUGGCCCCUAGAUGGGCUCCCCACUUUGUCUCCUGCACUCUACCAUGC